AUCGAAUACGAUACAAGCUAACUAGACACGCAAUGUAACACUUGGAUAGACGUUCUCCUGCUACUACCAUCGAGCUGUUCUCUUGCUAAAGGAAAGCCGUGUCAAUUUCUGUACUGGAAUAGUACCAUAAUCGGCCGUAGGCGAUACCGUGCUUGGGCUGUAGAUAGCACGUUGCUUAUGGCGACACCUACCGUUUCAUGCUAAAUCGACGUUGCUGCUCUUCAAGACAAAGAGGCAGGGGAAGGAUUCUCGCUCAGUAUCAACUUGAAGGCACGUACCCAAUGCCAGCAGAAGUGUUGAGGCAUACGGACCACACAUGUGAAUAAGGCCGCCGAACGCCGGUUUCAUGGACACCCCCAGUAGGUGGCUGGAGUGAGGGCGGGGCACCUUGCGGAACUACGCCUCCGCACGGACCCCUAGGAGGAGCAGGACCCCCUGGCGCCGCCCACCUGGCGGCUCACGGACCCCAUACCCCUACAAGACCGCCCAGUUGGGACCCUUUCACUCCUUCUGAUUCGCGUUCCUCACCUGGCUCCGAUCAGCUAUCGAAUAUAGAUCACCCUGCUGGUGGAAAUCCGCCGCAGCAGCCUCCGAGUGGCCCUAUUGGACCGGCACCGAAUAAUCCCCACCACUUUUACAACUUUGACGCAAGUGGGGGUGGCAGUUUAUCAGGCCCUGGAGGAUCAUUAUUAUCUCCGCCAUCUGAGAUGAUCUUACCACCUCACGCUUCGAGUCAUCCGGGAGGCCACCCAGGGGGGCAUGGCUCUCCCCCUGGAGGUCAUCCUGCUGGAUCUCUCACACCUGGCCAUACCACCCAGGGAGUCGUACAAUCGCCGCCCGCAAAAUGUCCCUGCGCUGCUUGUGGAGGCGCCAUACAGGACCGGUACUUCUUGCACGCGAUGGAUCGUUACUGGCACCACUCGUGUUUGAAGUGCAGUCUGUGUGGAACACCCCUUGCGGACAUCGGCAGUUCGUGUUUUUUAAAAAACGAAAUGAUUCUUUGUCGGGACGAUUAUAUCAGGCAUUUUGGAUCGAGUGGAGUAUGUUCCGCCUGCGGACAAGGAAUUCCUGCGAACGACUACGUGAUGCGAGCGCCAUCUAUACGUGGCGGACAAGUUUACCACCCUAAGUGCUUCUCCUGUGCCAAGUGUCACAGCCAGCUGAAACCCGGUGACAGAUACAACCUGGUGAACGGGUCUCUACUGUGCGAGCAGGACUCGCUGAAGAUGCUCAAGACUUCCACUGGCUCAGGUCGGGGCCGGGGCCGAAAGGCCAAUAACAAUCAGAACAGCGUCACCGGUGGCCAAGCCAUUAAGGUGUGACGCUCGCGUGCAGGCAACGCCCUCAAGCGGGGGGCCAGCUUUGAGCAACAACAACAGCAACAACAAACAAUGCUGCAGGUGCAACAAGUUCAGCGAGGAGGCAUCGGGAAUAUGUCUCCAAUGUCGCAGCAACUGAUGGAAGAGCAAAGCCCAUUGCCCCCCCCGCACCAACAUCGCCCCCCGCAACAACAACAACCGCAACAAGCUGGAUGCAGCUACCAGAGCUUGUAGGAAAGAGAGAAAAAUAAAAACGGAAAGACAGACACACAUACAUGCAGACAGCCAGACAAACGGCCAGGCCGAUCCGUAGCUACGAACUGGAAAUCUACAUAAUCUGAACCUAAGUGAAGACCUUAUCGAACAUCUCAGAGUGACCUUUCUGAGGACCUGAUUAGAACAUGGCGUAGUACAGAGAGGCAAUGAUGUUCAAUGCUGCGUAGUGACAAAGUACGCCAUUAACAACCAUUUGAUUAGCCAAAGGCUCUUUAAGAGUGAAUCAGAAGUCAUCACGUGGAGGAAAUGGUUGGCUGAUUGGUAUAGAGAAUGGUCUCUAAAAGUUAUUACGACAUGAAACGGGCGCUUACAAUAACAGCCUUCAGUGCUUCCCGUUUUCGUAUAGCUUUACGAAGCCUCUACCACUUUUCGGGGCUUUGCAAGACAAAAUCAAUACGCAGUCCUGUAUCAGAUAAGAAUCACGAUAUAUGCGUAAGCACGUAUUACGUCAGCUUGACCGGACGUCGAUUGGUCGAUCGUAAAAAACCAUACGGUGAAAAAGACACCCAUCGUAUGAUUAGAAGUGAUAAGGCUGAUGGCGUGAUUUGACAGCAAUCCAGUCACGAGUACUAUGGGUGGAUAGGCACAGCUGAUCAUCUUUAGAAAAGAUUUGAACACAGUUUUAACGGAUAGAAAAGAAUGCGACCGUAAAAGAUCAGUGAUGACUAGAACAGGAUCCUGAGUUGAAAAGUUAAAAGUAAAGCGAGGCAGAGCGACGGAAACAAAGAAUGACGUGAAACUAGCGAGAACAAAAAAAAGAAGCUGGUGCUGCGAGGCAAUCAAGUCGAACAAGGGCGUUGUCUGUGAUACAUCUUCAUGCAGCCACCUGCAGCCAUGAAACGACCAAUAAUAAUAAUAAUAAUAAUAAAAAUAAUAUUAUUAAUGAUGCUACUUCUACUACUACUACUACUGCUGCUACUACAAAACAUUAAUAAUGGUCAACAGAGGCUUACCACCAUCGUCUCGUAUGCAACGAAAUAUGACAUAAGAGAAAAAACAGACCGAACAUGUCGCUGAAAUUGUUACACCCAUCGAAUAUAGAUAUUUAUAUAGGAAAAAGUUCUAUGUAAACAAGUGGAUCAUGCAGCAGAGCAAAAACUACAACAGCAACUAAUGAAAUGAAGCGGACAGGUACACACUUUCUUUUAAUGUUUUUAGCGCCAAAUACCGAUUUCGUAUGCAUCUAUAGCGACGUACGAUGUAUGACGCUACGUAACUCGUAAAACACAUAUUUAGGGUGCAUUCGUGUGCGAGCCACAUAGGUCAAAAGCAGUGUAGAGAACCGAAGUUUCAGUGACUAUCACGACCAGAGUGAAUCAUAGAAAUGAAAUAGGAUUUUUGAUCGCGGCAGGGGGAGAAUGGCUGAAAAGGAAAGUGUUGAAAAGAUGUGUCCUUGCCGUUGGCCAGAUCUAUGUAUGCAUUGUACACCAAACUCAAACGAUGACGAUGAUAAUUGCAAACACCUUGCUAUUUGAUAAAUGGUAAAUUAUUACGAUCGUUCUACUAAAUGAAAAUGGCUAUUACAAUUAUAAAUCUAUGACCACUUUUACCGCCGCUGACGGUCCUGGAUGACGAUCACUUUAAUAAAUGGCAUUCGCGGCAGCGAUUGCGACGAAACGACGACGGAUGGAAGAAACGCAAGUGUUACUGAUGGCAGAGUAUGAAACUAUCGAUCGGUUAACUGAUUGAUUGACUGAUUGACUGACUGACUGACUGACUGACUGAUUAAUCACAAAGGGAUGGUAAACAAACGUAAGAGUGAAAAAUGAUGAUAAAAGAACGAGAGAAUAAGGAAAAAAGAUAGAGAAAUAUAGAACCUCUGUACAUAAUGUACAUUCUCAAACCAGUAGAUACCUUGCCAAGCAUGGUGCGUGCGAUUGGUUGUUCGAUCUGCCACCGCCGCGGUCUUCCCAAGGGCCAAGUGGAUACUUGAACCUGUAGGGCGCCUCGCGAAAUUGUACUGGUGUCUUCUAUAGAUGGCCGGUGCCGAAAAGCCGUUAGCUUGACACGGCUAUUUAGGCGAUGCGUUCCGUGUCCCUUCGUGGCGGUGGCCUGAAAAAGGUAGAAACAAAAAGCUAAGCUGUUCGAAGAUAGGGAGAUCGGGUAAUGGUGAAAAUUAGAGAGAAAUACACGAGGCAGAAGGCGAAGAUGAACCACCCGUGUGGCUUUUGUGGUGAUGUUAUUCUAUAGCAAGUCGUAAAGCAAUAUACGAAGGCGCGAUUCUAAGGACGACGACGACGACGAUGAUGAAGAUAAUGAAGACAAAGACGAUGUGAAGAUGGCGAAUGGGACGAUAUAGAUAUAUAAAAUGACGAUUUGAUGAUAUUAAUAUUACUAUGAAUAACGAUGAUGAUGACGAUGAUGAUGAUGAUGGGAAACAACGCGUUAGCCGGUACAUCUAUUGCAAACAGAGGCAAAUCACUUCAGAGUAACAAAUAGCACUUGCAGAAGAAUAAUAACAAAAUUGUCUGCUAUAUAAAAUGAAUAGAUGUAUAUCUCCAAGAGGAGGUGUAUCGGAUAGAUGUAAGCGGUUGACGCAUCUUGCAGACCACCAACACAACUUUAAAACGGCCGACAACAACAGUUUACACUUCCUUGUUGAUUCACAAGCACCCAUACAACACUACACAGUUUGCUCAUUUUAACUUAUUAUUGUGUCAUGUGUCGACGAAUGCAGAGCCGGAGAUUAAUAACAAUCGUAAUAGUAAUGAUGGUAACGAUAAUUAUGAGCACAUUAAAUCGUAAAGGAGUUAUUAUUAUUAUUACUUAUAUGGUGUACCAUUACGAAAGGAUACACCACCAAUAAUAUUAUUACUAUCAUAAACACGAGCGGCAGGCUGCGAAGGGAAGCACCAAGCAGACAAAGCAUCCUUGUGCCACACCUCUACCGACAGGAAACAGAACGGAUAGAGUACACCGGGAAAGAAAUAAAAUUUCGCAAGGAUACGGAAGUUAACAUGAAGCUAUAGAGGAGAAGCCGAAUCGCGAGAUCAAUGAAACACAAGCAAUGUCAUUAUAAUACGAUACGCCUAUCAACUGAAAGGCGAGGGGUAAUAAUAUAUUUCACAUACACUUGAACACAGCAUGAAUGAAACAACACAUUUGUAAUAAAACCAAAAUAACAAAUAGAGCCACAUCGGUAGAUGCAAAUAACAAUCGAACUGAGAACACAUUAUGCGUGAGCAUAAGCGCCGUGUUGUUGACGUUACGCAGCUGAUGAUUCAAUAGAAGGACAAACAAAUAGUCAAGCAGACGAAGAACACAAAAAAGCUGAACAGGAAACACGAGCAAAAACAGGAAAAUAAUAAUGUAAGAAAAGGAGAAACGUAGAGCAGGGGAAAAAUGAUGUUUUUCAUUGUUCUAGGAAAUGUGGCGCGCUGCCGUUACACAUUUAAAAAAGGCUAAAAUAUCUUACAAAAUUAUGUGUUUCUAUUAUAGGUACUGGUUCGUUGACGCUUUUUCAAGAAUAGCAAUGACGACGAUGAUAAUAAUAUAUUUCAAUACUAACCAAUGACAAAGUCCAGAACUAAAAAAAA